UUAUUUUCGACUGAGACGUCGCAGGGAGUCGCUCGGUUCGACGUUACACAUUUUUCGUUUACACGGUAUUCGAGAGUUCCCAGCUGGAGGUGUUUUGAAAAAAAUUUCAUUCAAAUUUGUGACUUCCCCUGGGAGUUGCGAUCGAUCCGGGCAGAGAUCGAUGUAUCGUGGAAUCGCGCGCUGAGACGCGGCCAACCUCAGAGCUGUUGUGAACAAUGGCGACGUUUCGACGAAAGUGACAUUCUAAUGAACAAAUGUGUUUUCACACGUUAAACGUUAAUCCCCUUUUGUAGAUGUUAAUUACGCUCGUUAGGUGUUCGCUUGGACGCGUCUGUGCUCGAUGAUGGCUUUGAACGCGAAUGCACUGUCCAGUGACAUAAGCCGAAGAAAUCCACAGGAUGAGUACGAGCUCAUUCAGAGGAUAGGUAGUGGAACGUACGGAGAUGUUUACAAGGCCAAAAGACUUUCUAUGAAUGACCUCGCCGCUAUUAAGGUUAUCAAAUUGGAACCAGGGGAUGAUUUUGCAAUUAUUCAGCAAGAAAUUCUGAUGAUGAAAGAUUGCAGGCAUCCCAAUGUAAUUGCGUAUUAUGGGAGCUACUUGAGAAGGGAUAAAUUAUGGAUUUGUAUGGAAUAUUGCGGAGGUGGUUCCUUGCAAGAUAUAUAUCACAUAACUGGACCAUUAUCAGAAAUACAAAUAGCAUAUAUGUGUCGUGAGACUCUGUUGGGAUUGAAUUACUUGCACAGUAUGGGGAAAAUGCAUCGCGACAUUAAGAGUGCCAAUAUAUUAUUGACUGAAGCCGGUGAUGUCAAGUUAGCUGACUUUGGUGUAUCCGCACAAAUUACAGCCACUAUUAAUAAAAGGAAAAGUUUUAUUGGCACUCCUUAUUGGAUGGCACCCGAGGUGGCAGCUGUAGAAAGAAAAGGUGGCUACAAUCAACUUUGUGAUAUUUGGGCAUGUGGUAUCACCGCAAUAGAAUUGGCAGAACUGCAGCCACCCAUGUUCGAUUUGCAUCCUAUGCGGGCACUUUUUCUCAUGUCCAAAUCUGGCUUCAAGCCGCCAACCUUAAAAGACAGGGACAAAUGGAGUCCGACAUUCCAUAAUUUUGUUAAAGUUGCUCUCACUAAAAACCCUAAAAAACGACCAACAGCUGAAAAACUUCUACAGCACGCAUUUUUUCAAGGCGAAAUGAGUAAACGUUUAGCUUUGGAAUUGUUGCAAAAGGUAUCAAAUCCUAGUCAUAUGUUUACUGAUUUAGAAGCUGAUGAAGAUGGAGCCGUACCUAAUGUUCCACAAAGGAUUGCGUCGCGUCAUACCGCAAGACCUAGACCAAAAAGUCCUAUACCACAAUUAGAUAGCGAUGAUCAAAUUAAUCUAGAUGGCACAUUGCAAAGGGAAGCAAUAUCACCAUCUGUAGAUGGCAAUCCAGCAUGGGAUAUCAUGGAUAUCAUGAAUAAUGUAAAGACUGUUCAUAACUGUGAUGCGCAUCCAGACUGUGGUAUUGGUACUGCAUUCGAAGACGAACAAGAAAAUACUGUUGCCGCUAGCGUAACAACAGAUAAUAGAGAAUCACGUCGAAGCAAAACAGGCACAGAAAUAUUUCGUAUGACUUUAAGGAGUCUAUUGCAGUACAUUGAUGAGGAGUUGUUGCUAAGAGCUACACUUCCCCUUGGAGAGUCAUCGAAUGACUGCGAAUUGCACUGUCCGUAUUACAAUAUGUCAGGAUCUCAAGCAAGCCCCAGGCGUCACAGCUCUGUGGACGAGUUGUAUGGUCUGGUGAGCAGUACACAAUCUUUAACUGCUGCCAAUGGACAACGUCAACGAUCUCUUUCGGACAGUGGUCCUAGAGAUGAAUCCCCACAGUCUAAUGGUCAAAAUGAAGCGCCAGGCGACGGGGACGGGGAAAGUAUGAGUCCAGACUUGUUAUCUGAUACUCCGCCUGUUCCUCCGAGGAGAAGGGACAGGAAACGCCACACACCUCCCAGACCUAUCAGCAAUGGACUACCGCCGACACCUAAAGUUCAUAUGGGGGCGUGCUUCUCAAAAGUAUUCAACGGAUGUCCUCUAAGAAUACACUGCACCGCGAGCUGGAUCCAUCCAGACACGAGGGAUCAGCACUUGCUGAUCGCGGCGGAAGAAGGAAUUUACAACUUGAACUUGAACGAACUCCAUGAAACUGCGAUCGAUCAGUUGUACCCGAGACGUACAAUUUGGAUGUAUGUCAUUAAGGAUGUCCUGAUGUCUUUGUCUGGUAAAACUCCACAAUUGUACAGACACGAUUUAUUAGCGAUGCAAAGCAAACAGAGCCACAGGUUUUCCCUGCACAUGAACAAAAUACCCGAGAGAUUAGUCCCUAGGAAGUUCGCUCUGACGACCAAGGUUCCAGACACGAAGGGUUGCACGAAGUGUUGCGUUGGGCGAAACCCGUACAAUGGGUACAAAUACCUUUGCGGUGCAAUGCCAACGGGGAUAUUCUUAAUGCAAUGGUACGAUCCUUUGAAUAAGUUCAUGCUCCUCAAGCAUUUCGAUUGUACGCUGCCAUUGCCAUUGAACGUGUUUGAGAUUAUCAUUACGCCUGAAAUGGAAUAUCCGAUGGUGUGUGUAUCCGUGAAGCAACCAUAUCAGCAGAACAAAUUGAAACUGGACUUGAUAAAUAUGAAUUCAGGAGCAAGUUGGUUUCAUAGCGACGAACUGGAAGACAUGGACGGUUCAGCCACUGUAAUACCAAGAAGAGAGAACCUCCACGUUAUCAAUGUAACGCAAUUAGAGAAGAAUGCAAUAUUAGUAUGUUACGACAAUGUAGUAAAAGUGGUGACGCUGCAGGGGAAACCCAGAUCAAGCAGGAAACAUAUGUCAGAGUUACAUUUUAACUUCCAAAUCGAAUCCAUUAUCUGCUUACCAGAUAGUGUACUAGCAUUCCACAAGCAUGGUAUGCAAGGUAGGAGUUUUAAGAAUGGCGAGGUCACGCAAGAAAUCAGCGACCCGAGCAGGACAUAUAGACUACUUGGAUCUGAUAAAGUGGUGAUGCUGGAGAGCCAUUUGGUUCAGUCAGGCACAUUGACGGAAUCCGAGGGAGCAGACUUGUACAUACUUGCUGGACACGAGGCCAGUUACUAAGCCGCAUCUUCCAACUGUGAACGUGCUCGCCCGGUGUGUCGCAAGUGAAUUGUGAUUCUCACAGACUGCGUGUAAAGUAAAACGUGACUGUACUGAGAGGCAGUGGUCGAUGUUGGUAAGAGAAUAUUGUUAAUUAUUCUAUUUAAAAGUGAACGUGAAAUGAAAGAGGGAAAUUGAUUACCGACGUACGCCAGUGUACAAGUUUAUUCGUCACUGUUCUCCAUAUAGUCAAUCGCUGCAUAGACUGGUUAUUUAUCAAGGACCUUUUUAACAAAAAGAGAGAAAAAAACAGAAUUUAGAAAUAGAGAGAGAGAGGGAGAGAGCGAGAGAGAGAGAGAGAGAUAACCGUGAGAAUGGAAUAUUCGAGAAGCAGGAAUAUAUUUAAAAUAAUGUGUAAAUUCGCCCUUAUGCCUGACAAAAUAAAGCUUAUACCGAUCGGAUUUUCCUCAAACGAAGAGUAAUAACGUCGCGUCACGGAAAUUGAUUCGAGUAGUGUUGUAAAUUGGUAGACACACAAAUCUUCGUUUUAACUAUUCUUUGAAAUUUGAAUUUAUCUCGUCAUAUAAAUACAUUUUAACAUAUAUGAGAAUCAUACAGUACGUACGACAGUUGUAGAUAUACGGAUACUUAUAUUUUUAGAAUGAUUUUUAGAUUGUAUCGUGAUACGAAAAAUCCUCUGCAUCCUGGACACGAAUCGAUUGUAUCAAGUCGGGAGCUUCUCGUCGGAACCCUCGGACGAGUCGCGUAAGAUAUUGGCCAAAGAUAGUUUAAGUAGAGUAGAAACAGCAACAGAGAACAACGAUUUAAAUAUAAAUUAAUCGCGUAACGGAGAAUUCUUUAACGCUCGCCGGAUAUAUUAGGAUUCGAUAUAUUUUCUUCUGCAACAAAUCAUUCAGGUGUACUUCACUGUUUCGUAUAAGUUUUGCUUUGGUAGGCAUUGGGCUGUUGCAUCAAAGUUAUUUUAAUAAGACAUUGCGUUCAUCAGUGUCUCUAAUUUUGGACGAUUGUACUAUGAAGAUACAGUAUACAUGGCAAAGUAGUUUAUGAUGGCAAUCAUAAAUUAUUUAUUUUAAGAAGCGUAUAUGUGAGAUGGCUUAGCGAUUAUUCAUUUGAACAGGAUUCGUGACAUUUUACGAAGUACAUAGAUCGACCCGUUUAUGUACGACUGUAAAACAUUUUCAAUUACACUAUUAUUAGCAUUGAUAAUCAAUCCUAAAACUAUUCGAAUCGAAAUGAUACUUCUCUUGUUUCCGUGGAUUUUCUUUUAAGUGAAAUUAUUUUUACGAAAACAGAACACUAUUUUAUAAAUAUCACGCGUCUGUACGUUCGGGAAAUAUUUCGUUUUCACAACCGUAGUGUGCGAAUAUUUAUAAAGUAUCUUGUUUUUCGGCGAAAUAACGAUGUUACGUGCAUUUUACGUGAUUGGUUUUUAAGACUGGGACAAAUAUUGAUUUCUUAUUCGCAAAUGACUUUCUCAAUACACGAACACUGUAUUCAGGAGGAAGAGUGCUGGAUUAAAUAGAAAUUAGAGCAAAACAUUGUUGUGAAAAUUGCUUUAUGCAUUUGUAAUUUAUGUUUCACUUAUUCAUUAUCGAGAUUACGUUAAUUUUAUUCGAACCGGUUGGCGCAGUAUUUUACAACUCGCGAAGUUGGAGAUUCUAUGGUUAUUUCAUUGAAUUAGUAUUAAUUAAUACUAUGUGAUAUAUUCCUUAACACGACUACUAUAUUACGUACGUAGUGUGUUAUAUAUAGUUUCUGUUUGUAAUUAACGCCUAUCUAAAAAAAAAGGAAAUCUUCGAUCAAUAUACAGAAUAACAAUUUCAAUUGUUUACUCGUACGCUAAAGAAAAUGCGUUUGUAAAUAGACUUUUUAUUUAUCGAGAAAAAAUGUCUAUAUUGUUCAUGUAAUUUAAUAAUACUCAUUUAAAAUCUUUGCGCCUCGGAAAUGGGUCGCGAAGGAACUAUCAAAGUGUCCAGUUUAAAUACAAUCUUUAUCAAUAUAAAUAGAGAAAUUGAUGAGUUGCAUGCAGCAAUUAGCAUGAAAUAAAAGACAAGCUAGCGCUUAAAUGUUUGUUUUAGAUUAUAAUUGUAUUAUGCUCUGUUACGUUAGAUUUAGAGACGAACUGAAACAUUUAAGUUUCUAGAAUUUUAAAGAAUUUAUUGUUACAUACACUAAUUUGUAAAUGAAAAAGACACUCGGUAAUAUCAACAGAAGAUAAUAGAUCUCACUUUAACGAUUGCUUAAACGAGAACGUAACUGUCGCACUAACGUCUAGUUACGAACAAAAGUAUCAGCUCUAAUAAUAUUUUAAAAAAUAUUCCAUUGGUAUCGAUAGAAUCAAUAAAGUGUGCACCGUUUAAUGAAUGCAUUUAGGUCAUUAGCCGUUUUCAGUGCAUUCACUUUGUACAUUACUUAAUGUAAUGAGAUUAAAGUCACAUUUCACUUAUUCCUGAAGCAAGACAUUUAAUGUUGAGAAUUUUAAAUAGUCAAAGAGAAGAAGAAGAAGAAGAACAAGAAGAAUAAUAACAAGAAGAAGAAAUAAUGCUUUCUGGUGUAGCUAAAAAUUCCGUUAGAACGAUGCAAAUUUCUAUUUUAAUAUUAGCGUCUAAUAUUAUGUAAUUCUUCAUUGGGCCUUUCGAAAACUAAAUAUUAGAUAAAUAUGGAAUAAUUAGGGAUAAAUAUAUACAGAGAUCUAUUAAGGAUUUGUCUUGUAUACAGCUUAUCAUGAUAGAUAAUUAUUUUAUACUAAUUAUAUUUAAUUAAACUUAAACUUCUCUGUGUCCUUUUAGAUGCGAAUUAGUAGAGUCUAAUAAGUAUGGUAUCUGGCACUUUUCCAUCCAUUGUAGAUACAUUGAUAUAUUGCAAACCAAUGCUAUUGAUUUGCAAAACGGCAAGGAUGAACUGUAAAUUGAGGUAGGAAAGGGAUGGACAGAGUAAAAUUAUCUUGGAAAUGUUGAGAUAUUUUGGUAUUUUAUAUGAAGAUUUGCUCUGUAAAUAGGUAGUAGGUUACUAAAGAAAGUAUUACGGCUAUUAAAGGUUUACUAUAAUAGUCUCAUAUUCGACUGCUUAUUAUGGGAAAUAAUUAUGUUACAUUAAUUACAUUUGUUUCAUGCGAAGGCACAGGUGGUAGAACGUACUGAAUUCAAUUUCUCUUUUAAAAACCUAGGGACCUUAUCCAAAUGUUGACUUAGAACAGAAAUACCGACAAAAAUACGAGUAAAAUUUCCUUUUAGUGCAUCAUUUUUAGUACGUUUACCACUGAUGUCGAGGCAUCAUCGUACGGCGCAAUUUAUUAUUGCAAAGUAGGGCGUAAUUGCGUUUAACAACAAGAAUAAUCCGCGCUAACGAUAUUUUCUACGAACAAAUUGAAUUGUGUUCAGACUAUGUCCAAGAUAGAUCAUUUUGCUACUUUGAAUAUCACUCUUGUCUUUCAUACUUGAUUUAGACCAGUCGAAUACGCUUGAUUUCUUCGAGUACUCCAUUCCAAAUGUAUUAAGUCUAUUGAAUUUUAUAUUAAAAUUCAUGCACCCGUAAUGAAGCUGAAACGUGCACGCACAAAACGAAUAAAUAGGUUCGAGGACGAUUUUUCAUUCAGACUAAAACGAUUAUACUCUGCGUAACGAGACGCUGUUAUACAUUUUGACGUGGCAUUAAAGACAAGAGAGAUGUUUCAGGGAAUACGAUUAAGCAGGUCCAUGUUGCAGUAUAAUUACAUGUAUUCGCGCCAACAGUUAGUAUGCAAUUACAAUCAGUGCUUAAGCAAUCAAACAUUAAAUGAAAUGUUUAAUCAAAUUGUACAACUCGGUUGAAAGGUCUGUGCUAGAUUGUUCGUACGAAUUG